AUGAGUUCCAACUUCGAAUCGGAGCUUCUGGAUGCCACCAAAGUCAGUUUAUUCAAGUUUACUAAGAGAAGUGACUUCAUAAAUAUCAUCCCCGGAGUAAUCUUUUCUGCCAUAAGUGCUUUAGCCACUCCCGCACAGACCAUCCUUUAUGGAAGGAUAUUCACCAAGUUGUCUACUUAUUACAUUGGUGACUACAAUACUUUCCAUGAUUUCAUCAAAGCAGUGGGCAUCUACUGUUGGAUGAUUAUAGUGGUUGGUGCAGCCAAGCUGAUAUUGACAUUCUUUCUGGUUUUGUUCUGGAUGAGAAAUGGUGAAACCCACCAGAGAAGAGUAAGAAGACAGAUCUUUGCUAAGAUCAUCAUUCAAGAUAAUAUAGAAUGGGUUGAAAACUUUAAAAACGUCAAUGGGGAAAUAAACCAGUUGAACAGAUGUAUUGAAGAGUUGAGAACAGGAAACGCAGAAGUAUUGGGGUUGAUGACUCUGGGGGUCGUGGGAGCCGUGGCCUUGUUCAUAGUGGCUAUGGUGUUCUCCUGGUCGGUGACAUUAGUGGUGUUAGCCUUGACCCCUUUCUUUGCUUUAUCUUCCUGGUUUACUGGUAAAUUGGCUUAUAGGUUUGCAAACAAAGAGAAUAUCUACUCCGCUAAGUCAUCUAAGAUUAUUAACUGGUGUAUCUUAAAUGCCCCUAUUCCUAGGGUGUUUAAUGGAAAGAUCAUAGAGAUCCUUAAUUUCAGAAAGUUGGUCAACCAGUGUUCUACCUUCAACUACAAAUAUGAAAAUGUAGUUACUUUGAACAUGGGGAUCUUGAGAGUCUUAUCAUUGUUGAUGUUUGUCCAAGCAUUCUGGUUCGGUAACACCAUGAUCAGGUUGAGAAAGCUUAAUGUCAAUGAAGUGUUCACAGCAUUUUCUGCUUGCUUGAUGUUAGCUGAGUCUGUUUCAAGUAUCACUGAAUUGAUUGGAGAAAUCUACAGAGCUCAAGCUGCUAAUGGAAGACUUGUUGAAUUUUUGAACUUGCACAACUCAACAGAACCCGACCAACACAAGAUGUCUCCCACAUGGUGCAAUGGAUCUAUCGAAAUCAAGAAGGUACUGUUUAAAUACACCAACAAGAAAGAGUUUGCAAUUCGGGACUUGAACUUGAACAUCAAGUCAAACGAGUUCAACUUUAUCAUUGGAAAGUCGGGAAGUGGUAAGUCGACUAUCUCCCAGUUGAUAAUGGCUUUCUAUAAACCUGAUGCUGGUCAAAUCCUUAUUGACGGUCUUGAUGUGCGUACUAUUGACAAGCGCUGGAUUAGUAAGAACAUCACUUUAGUUCUGCUGAAUCCAAUUAUUUUUGACCAUUCUUUGAAAGACAACUUAGCAAUGUCAGUGUUAGAUGAAUAUGACUCCCUUGAUAGUAUUCCACACGGUAUAAUUACUGAAGUUUGUGAUUUUGCUCUUUUGUCUAAGUUGAUCCAGAGAAUAGGUGGUGUCGAUCAGCCCAUUUCCAACUCAAGUGUGUCGGGUGGUGAGAAGCAGAGAAUUUCAAUUGCCAGAGCCAAGUUGCGGGACACGCCGAUAUUGAUAAUUGAUGAAGGUUUAAGUGCUUUGGAUCAAAAGAAUAGAAUCACUUUACUUAAUUCCAUCAGACAGUGGAGAGAAGGUAAGACUACUAUUUUCAUCACUCAUCAGUUAGACCAAAUUUUUCCCAACGAUGUUGUCUUUAUUAUCCAAGAUGGUGCUACUAAGAAUCAGGGAUACAUGAGGGAACUCUCUGAGGAGCCACUCAUCAAACGUACUGCAAUAAGAACUCAUAGUUUCUCAAGUGGUUCAAGUGAUGAACUGCAAGAUUACUCCGAUCUGGAAUUAAAAGAUGACUCGGUAAGAGUUUCUCAAAUCAAAGAAUACAACUACUUGAAGAAUCCAUUUGUGUUGAAGGACGUCGAAGCCUUAAAGAUAGGCGCAAAUGAAAAGAUAUACUCAUUGGGGAAGAUUCUUCUUUAUUACAUUAAGACCGCCAAUUCUAAAUCGCUCGCCUUGCUCGGUCUCUUUUUUGCAGCCGUUCAUGCGGUAUCCAAUCCUAUUUUCUCGUACAUCUUUUCAAGGUUAUUGGAAAAUAUGAUCGACAUUUCUAUUGGUGUUGAUAGAUCUUCUCGAUUGAGAGUCUGGUCCACUUAUGCUAUUGCUUGUGCAAUUGUCAAUGGUGCUACUUACUUUUUGGCUAACUUUUUAUUGGCUGUGUCCUCUGAAAAAUGGAUUAAUAUGUUAAGAAAACGGAGUCUUACAAAGAUCAAUGACCAAGACAUGAGUUUCUUCCAUGAAGAAGGCCACAAACCUGUAUUUUUAAAUGCCUUGUUAAUGAAUGAUACCAGAGAUUUAAGAACAAUGGUUUCCAAGUUCCUUGCUGUUAGUAUCUCACUAACAUUUUUGGUAUUAUUGGGUUGUAUCUUUGCGUUGGUUUUGGGAUGGAGAUUGGCCUUAACUGGAAUUGCUUUUGCCUUCAUUAUUAUUGUUGUGUCGGUGGUCUACGCCACUGUGCUAAGAAAGUUUGAAACCAGCUACAAGGAUAGAGUAAAUGACUUGGAAACCAUUAACUUUGAGUUGGUAAACGGUAUGAAAACGGUCCAUUCGCUCAACUUAAAGAGCUUCUUCGAGCUCCAGUUUAAUCUCAAGUCUUCUGCGUUGGGUAGGGCCGCUUCAAAAAGAGCCCUUCACACUGGGUUCUGUCUUGCUAUAAAAGAACUCCUAAUGGCUGUUGCUACUGGUGUGAUCCUUUACUACGGUAUGAGAUUGGUUGGUGAUACAAUGUACAGAAGAUUGCAGUUCUUACAGGUUAUUACUUUAUUGCUUAUGACUUUCACUGCAGCGGGUAGUCUUUUGAAUGAAUUACCUGAUAUCACCAGAGGGCAAAGAUGUGCCACUCACAUAAUAAAUCUUUUGAAGUUACCAGACUCAAAGGUUGAAACGGAAGGUACUGAAAAGCCUGCUGAAGUAUACAAGGACUCCAUUCUUCAAUUUUCCAACAUCCGUUUCGGUUACACUCCAACGAAACAAGUCUUGAAAAAUGUUUCUUUCAAUAUCAAAGAAGAGGAUAUUUUUGCCAUUAUUGGUGAAAGUGGAUCUGGUAAGUCGACCAUAACCAACUUGAUAAUGAGACUUUAUGGCAAUUAUGAAGGUUCAAUAAAAUUGAACGGCACUGAAAUAUCUCAAGUUAACGUUGAGUUCUUGAGAGAAUACAUUUCAAUUGUUCCACAGAACCCAGUCUUCUUUGAAGGUACAAUUUAUGACAACUUAACUUAUGGAUUAUCCAAGGAGAGCCUAAUAAAUUCCAACGUUGAUGAAUACUUGAAAACUUGCAACAUUUUCUCCUUCACCAACAGUUUACCAGAUGGUUUGCAAUCAGACAUCGGUUCUUUAACUGAAAACUCAUUAAUUUCUACAGGUCAAUUACAAAGAUUAGCAAUGGCCAGGGCCUUGAUCAGACAACCUAAAGUCCUUAUACUUGAUGAAUGUACCAGCAAUUUGGAUACGCAGAAUUUCAAUAUCUUCAAAGAGCUAAUUCUCAAAGCGAAUCAAGAGAUGGGGGUAACCGUUAUCAUAGUUAGCCAUGAUACUGAGUUAUACAGCAUUGCUACAAAAUCCAUCAAUUUGAGCAACGGUACUAUAGUAAACUGA